AAAAUUAGUAUACUACAACCAUAACGGAAGAAGACACACCAAGCGGCAUUUAGUCAAUCAAAAUGUUGUUGAUAACUCACGUAAUUUUAAUCUUAAUUUGUGUUAAUUAUCGGAAAGUAACGUGUGAAAGGAAUCACACUGUCGCUAGUGUUUAUGUUGAUGAUAUAACUAGCACGUACGUCGAUAUUGAGGAAAAAUUAUGGUUUCUCAUUGGAUUGAAGAAUCAAAGUGACAUGGUGCUGAACAUACACAGGGAACAUUUGUUUUUUUUCCAAAAUUCAUUUUCAAUUGACAGACCACGAACGGAAAGCUACAAAGCAAAUAUUGAAAAACGUUUCGGCUGGCAGGUUCAAGGUUUAAAUUCGGAAAUUGACUUUGUUAAAAAUUUUGCUUUACACGAUUCAAUCGAUGAGAUUUCUGCGGAUGAUACAGUGCAAAUGGCUACGACUUAUGUUGGAUAUUCGAAUCUUAUGGCCACCAUUUACAAUCGCACUGUGGAAGCAAACCUUUUCGGGCAAAUCGACAAGAUACUGUCAGGAGAAAAUUGUUCUAGAUCGAAGCCAAUGGAGUCGGCACAAUUAUUGAUUUUCAAUUAUUACACUGAUGUUGCAACCUAUUUACUGAAAUCGUACUGUUUGGUUCAGCUGUCUUACAUGAUUUUAACACUGUAUGGAUACAACGACUAUACACUUUCUUCAGCAGCCAUUAGAAGUCAAUUUAAAGAUCACUAUAAAACCAUUCAGUCCUUAGCCACUGAUUCGAUGUUAACAGCGGAAAGAAGAUAUUGGGUGUGUGACGGAAUAUAUCCUCAAUAUUUCGCUCAGGUUACCAAUUUUGUACAAGACUAUUUUGAAAAUGAGGUCAACCUCAACAAAGAGGGAAGUUGCUACAACUCAUGUUCUGAUUACACAUUGACGAAGGACUAUGGAUGCUAUGACGGCUCACUUUGCCAUCUUUCUGGUGAAAAGGGACGGUGUAAAGGAGCUAUCAGUUCUUGCAAGUACAUUGAAUCUCCAUUGCAUAUUUGUGCUGAUGAGGAGAAAAGUCAUCGAUAUUACAAUGUGAAAAAGCAAUCUGGUGAACAGAUUGGUCAAAGCGAAUGUGAAAAUAUUUUAAAAGUUUCCUCCUGGAACAGAUGGUUUGUUGAGUGCAGCUUUUGUCGGUGUUCGUGUUUCAAUGAUGACUCCCACAAAUAUUUCAGCCUUCAACCAGUAUUAUCAGACAAAAUCCUAAAUAAAAUCGUGACGGGUGUUGCACUGGAAAAACACAAUCAAACUUUCUAUUGGAAAAUCGCCCAAGCAACUUUGCUCCGAAGGGGCGAAGUUCAAAGCGAAAUCGAUAACUGGGUCCCGGUUAAAGAAUUUAAUUUGACCGACGUUCACGAUGGCUAUGAUUAUCAUACGCUCUCGUGGCAAAAUCGUUCAAUUGCCCUCGACUCACUAAUGGUUCCCAGCGGUUCUGUAAUAACAGGCAUUCGAUUCAAAACUUACAUGGGUCGUCUCCACUUUGAAAUACAAGCAACGAAAUUUGAUUUUGUUUCCGGUAAAUUGUAUGACAGUUUCGAAUGGAUUUCAUCAAAAUUGAACAGGCAUCGUGACUACAUCAAUUUGGACGACAACGAUUUGCCCGAGAAAAGUGAACAACUUUCACAACCCAUGUGGAAGCAGAAUUUAUUGGUCGAAUUUCAAUCAACCGACGCGACGAAAGACUUGUCACAAAGCACAAUUCCAUAUGUAGACACGCAAUUAGUGGAACCAUCUCAUCCGGCUCCAUUGGCUGGUAUUGGAUUAUAUUAUAAGGGUAUUGAUGGAUUUGGCGGUUACAUUGCACCGUAUGUAGUUCCGUAUAAUUAUUUCGGUCACAUUAAUGACACGUUAAAAUAAAUUGGAGAUUUUCA